UUAUAAGAAUACAAUCCAAACGGACCUCUAUCUACGAUAUAAUACAGCACACCACCACAUCUCUGGCUAGGGUUUCACCAGCCGGCACUUCCCAUCCGCUUCCAGCUCCCGAUCCCUUUGCUACAGUCGAUUAACGUCUUGCUCAUCCACCAUGGGGAAGACUCGUGGAAUGGGAGCUGGUCGUAAGCUCAAGUCCCACCGUAGAAGGCAGAGGUGGGCUGACAAGUCAUAUAAGAAGUCCCACCUGGGAAAUGAGUGGAAAAAACCAUUUGCUGGAUCCUCCCAUGCAAAGGGCAUUGUUCUAGAAAAGAUUGGCAUUGAGGCUAAGCAGCCAAACUCUGCUAUUAGAAAAUGUGCCCGUGUUCAGCUGAUAAAAAAUGGGAAGAAGAUCGCUGCUUUUGUACCUAAUGAUGGUUGCUUAAACUAUAUUGAGGAGAACGACGAGGUGUUGAUUGCAGGAUUUGGGCGGAAGGGACAUGCUGUGGGUGAUAUCCCUGGAGUCAGAUUCAAGGUUGUGAAGGUAUCUGGUGUGUCGCUGCUGGCUCUCUUCAAGGAGAAAAAGGAAAAGCCAAGGUCUUAGGUUCUGUGUCCUUCCGUCUGCUCCCAUUUAUUUUAUUUCAUAUUUUUGUUCUAUGAUGCCUUUUAUUUGGAGGAUACUUGUAGCAACUAUUGGGUGAGAGCGAACUUUCUACGCGAAUUCUUAUCAUGCUUUAGUACAUGUCUCUGUCAAAAGAAAUUUGGUAAUUUUGGAAA